AGGAUUUCGCAGUGACUGGUCGUGACAGAGAGAAUCAGUAUCAGCAAGAAAAGAAAGUCAAUACUUCUCCAACGAAGAUAAACAUGAUUUAAGAUAACUGUUUCGGAAAACGAUUAGAGGAACAGGUGCUUGGAUCAAGCAAGAAAUAAAAAAGACAAAGAAAAAGCGAAAAAAGUGGAGUAAAGGAGCCAGAGAGAAGACAAGUUUCAUCAAAAUUGUCCACCGAUAUCAAAACGGAAGAACUAAGUAGGCGCACGAAUUUUAUAACAAAAAAAUUGUAAACGAUAUACGAUUCUCGUCAUGACUGCAGUUCUAAACGAAGUGAUCAACGGAUAUUUGUUUCUAAACGACCAUUUAGUAGAUCCACGUACCAAAGAUUUCUUUCUGAUUGAGACACUAUGGCGGCUCCCACUUUUGGCUAUAAUCUAUGUGUAUAGCACUUGCUUUCUUUUGCCGAAGUUUAUGGAAAAGAGGGAACCCUACAAGUUGGACAGAAUAUUACAAAUAUAUAAUGUCUUACAAAUUAUAUUUAACAUGUACUUAUUUUAUUUGACAUUAAAUUUGGCGUGGUUAAGGGGAUAUAGCUUUAAUUGCGAACCUGUCGAUCCCUCGUACACAUCAAAUGCAAUACAGAUCGCCAGAGGGGUUUGGUGUUACUUCAUGCUGAAGGUCGUAGAUCUGUUGAACACAUUUUUUUUUGUACUUAGAAAGAAACAAAGUCAAGUGAGCUUCCUUCACGUUUAUCACCACUUUGGCAUGGUAAUGAUUACUUGGGUUGGCACUAAAUAUUAUCCCGGUGGUCACUGUACAUUUAUAGGAGUGAUCAACACAUUCGUCCACAUGAUAAUGUACACGCAUUAUCUGCUGUCGUCCAUGAAAAUAGACACGAAACCGUGGAAGAAGUACAUCACUCAACUACAAAUACUGCAAUUCUUUAUAUUGGCGUAUCACAUUUCCCAAUUACUGUGGACGGAUUGCGGUUACCCGCGAUGGAUAGCGCUGGUGUUGCUGCCGCAAUAUGUUUUCAUGCUCGUAUUAUUUGUGGAAUUUUAUUACAACGCGUACAGUAAGAAGAAGCCGACAAGUGCAGUAGCGACGACGAAAAUGGAGACGGACGGCAUCCCCGCGAACAUCUCGAAUGGCAAACUGAAAGAGCAAUAAGUUCGCGUUAAUCGCUCAUGACUUGUGAAUGCACAACCGCGAAGUUACCGCGUUUUACGGUGAUUUUCCCUCUACAAUGUCGAAUAUACGACGUCAUCUUGCAUUCUUCGCGAUAUAAAUCUCGUCGAAAUGCCAAUCCAUGUCUGUUCUUACGUAAUAUCGUCUGUACAAUGUAAUACCGUUUACGCUUAUCUGUCCCACAUGUCUCUAUCAAUGUAUAAAUCUCGCGUAAUAUUAUCCUUCAGCUUCUGCUUGAGAUUAGGGUUGAGCAGUAGGGUUAACCAGUUUAAAGUUAAAUUAAAAGAUUGAAAGGUUAUAACGACCUUUAACCUCACUUUGUUAAUCCGCAAUUUUUUGAAUUUUGAACUAGAUAUUUCUGAACGCAUUAUCGUUAACUUAUUGACUUUUUUUCAAGUCGCAAGUCGAAAUAAUUCAAUCAUAAAUUUGUCACGUCAUAUUAUCCAACAUUAUAGAUUUUGAGAGAACGUAGAGAGUUCUUCCAUAAGUGUUGUUUCAAUUUGUUACAUUGGACUUUUUUAUAUACUUAGCGGCAGUUAAGCGCGAUAUUUUUGGUCCUUUCGGAUAGAAAAACACGGCAUCAAAUCGCGAUGCAUAUGUGACACACAUAACGAAAUGUCUUUUUAUCACAAAAGUCGAACAACAUUUGAAACUUUCUGUACAAAGCAUCUUAGUGAAAUUGUCUCUACCAGCUCCUGCUGAAAUUUUCUGUCUAGCGGUUUCCAUAUAAAAAUUUUGUCGGACAGGUUCUUAUCAAACAAACUGUAUAUAUAUGUAUAAUUAUAAAAGAUGCUUGAAAUCAUGUUUUAAUAUUUUUACUGGUUUUAUUAGUUAAGUUUUUUCUGUUUUAAGAUCCACGUACCAAAGAUUUCUUUCCGUUUGAUAAUAUGACGUGACAAUAUUAAAGUCGUGUGAAAAUGGUCCACGAUAUUCAUCAAGGAAUUAACAGUGCAGAAUUAGACAGUGUAUUUUAACGUAUUAUUAGCAAACGUGUGCGCAUGAUGCGGCGGGCUGAUCUCUGCG